CUAUUAAAUCCAGCCUGAAAACAGAGAGAGAGAGAAAGUGAAAACAGAGCAGAACAGAGAGAGAGAGAGAGAGAGAGAGAGGAAUGGCGAAACCACACGCCCUAAUAGUGCCACACCCCGGACAAGGGCACACCAACCCAAUGCUCAAAGUGGCAAAAAUCCUCCACCAAAAGGGCUUCUACAUCACCUUCGUUGUCAACGAGUACGUCAGCCGGCUGUUCCUCAAAGCCCGGGGGCCUAACGCCCUGGACGGCCUGCCGGACUUCAAGUUCGCCCCCGUGCCCGACGGCAUAGACUUCGGUGACGGCGUGCCCGACACGGUCUUCUUCUGCGACCAACUGAUGAAGGACGUGCCCUUGCCUUUCUUUAAAAAGUUUGUGGACGAGCUCCGGUCGUCGCCUGAGGUGCCUCCGAUCACUUGCAUCCUCUGCGACGGCCACAUGACUUACCCGCUCGAUGUGGCCGAAGAACUUGGGGUCCCCUGUGCGCUGUUCUGGACCCCAAGCGCUUGUGGGUUCUUGUGCUACUGCUACUUUCGCAACCUCGUUGAACAGGGGAUCGUGCCACUUAAAGAUGAGAGAUAUUUAACAAAUGGGUAUCUAGACACAAUCAUAGAUAUACCAGCUAUGACGGGUAUACGUUUGAGAGAUUUUCCAGAAUUCGUCAGAACCACAAAUUCAGAAGAUGUCAUGCUUAAUAUUUGUAUCAGAGAGACAGGCAGAGCUCAUAAAGGUUCUGCUAUUUUCUUGAACACGGUCGACGCAUUGGAGCGUGACGUUCUUGAUGCGCUUUCGACCAUGUUUCAUCGUCCAGUGUAUGCCAUUGGCCCGCUUCAGUUACUUGAGGAGAAGCAAAUCCCAAAAAAUAGUGAAUUGGAAACUAUAGGAUUGAAUAUGUGGGCAGAGGAUUUAGAUUGUCUCACUUGGCUCGAUAAAAAAGAACCCAACUCGGUUAUUUACGUGAACUUUGGAAGCGUGGUUCGAAUGACAUCACAAGAGUUGUUGGAAUUUGGCUGGGGACUUGCCAACAGCAAGCAAAAUUUCUUGUGGGCAAUCAGGCCCGAUUUGGUGUUGGGUGAAUCUGCGACUUUCCCACCGGAGUUUGAGGCUGAAAUCAAAGAAAGGGGUCUAUUGGUAGUUUGGGCGCCUCAAGAGAAAAUCCUCAAGCACCCGUCUAUCGGAGGGUUCUUGACCCACUGCGGUUGGAAUUCGCUUCUUGAAAGCAUUGUUGGUGGAGUGCCGAUGAUAUGUUGGCCAGCUCAUGGAGAGCAGUACACCAAUUGUUGGUUUGCUCGCAGACAGUGGGGACUGGGCAUGGAGAUAACGGAGGCUAAGAGGGAUUUGGUUGAGAGGCUUGUGAGAGAGUUGAUGGUGGAAGAGAAGGGGAAAAUGAUGAAGGCAAAAGCCUUGGAGUGGAAAAGGAUAGCUGAAGAUGCCGUCGUUGCUCCAGCUGGCUCAUCUUAUUUGAACUUUGACAGCCUGGUUAACGAGGUGCUCCUAUCCAAAUACGAAACCUCUUAAAUAGUGUUUCCUUUUCCGCAUCAAUUUCGAUUUUUUAGUUUCGAGCAUUUGGUUCGAGUCUUUUCUGUUAACAUUAUGUUGUUUUGCUUUGGAUAAUUUUAUUUCUUGCAAUAAAAUGUCAUCCAGCCACAGUUUGGCUAACAUA